AUGCAGCAGAAAAGAAACAUCCAGAUCAUCGAGUGGGAGGACCUCGACAAGAGGAAGUUCUACUCUUUCGGGGUGUUCAUGACGAUGACCAUCCGUGCCACAGUCUACCCAGCAACACUCAUCCGCACGCGGCUGCAGGUGCAGAGAGGCAAGUCGCUCUACAGCGGCACUUUUGACGCCUUCUUCAAGAUCCUGCGGGCGGAGGGCGUGCGGGGACUCUACCGUGGCUUCAUGGUCAACACCUUCACGCUCAUCUCAGGCCAGGCUUACAUAACCACCUACGAGCUGGUAAGGAAGUAUGUCUCCCAGUAUACAGAGGACAAUACGAUGAAGUCGCUGGUGGCCGGCGGCUCGGCUUCACUGGUGGCUCAGAGCAUCACCGUUCCCAUAGAUGUCGUCUCUCAGCAGCUGAUGAUGCAGGGCCAAGGGGAGCACCUCACCCGCUUUCGACUCAACUCUAACACGGAGAACGGAAAGCCCAAAAAACUGUUCGGCCAAACCAGGAACAUUAUGAGUCAGAUUUUUGCUGCCGAUGGUUUCCGGGGUUUCUACAGAGGAUACGCCGCUUCUCUAAUCACUUACAUCCCCAACAGUGCUGUCUGGUGGCCGUUCUAUCAUUUCUAUGCCGAGCAACUCUCCAAUCUGGCUCCCAGUGACUGUCCUCAUCUGAUUCUACAAGCCAUGGCUGGACCUCUCGCUGCUGCCACUGCCUCAACUGUCACCAACCCGAUGGAUGUGGUGCGGGCCAGAGUGCAGGUUGAAGGGAGGACUUCAGUCAUUGAGACGUUCAGACAGCUGAUCAAAGAGGAGGGCUUCUGGGGUUUGACCAAAGGACUGUCGGCUCGCAUCAUUUCCUCCACACCCACCGCCAUCGUCAUGGUCGUCGGCUACGAGACUCUAAAGAAAAUGAGUUUGCGACCGGAGCUGGUGGAUUCGAGACACUGGUAAAACAAACGUGGACAGACCGUGGGACAUUUUCGCCCCCAGCCCUAAAGUGGACUUCCUGUGAAAGCAGUGGCUGAAUUAUAAGUCUCAGCCUGGGGAGCAAAAUGACACCAGGCCAAUUUAAACAGUUUGAAUCUGCGUCUGAUCUUUCACACCGACCCAUAAGUUACAGAUUAAAGCAACACUGUGCAACUUUUACUGAGCAACAGCGCCCUCUGCAGCCGCUCGGUGUCCCAGCUAGGAAGUGGUUUUAAUGUUGAGGUAAAAAAAAAAAAAAAAAACCUGCACCAAUCUCUUGGAGCUCUGACUGCGUAGUCCCGCUAACCGAACUGAAACACAAUUGAUAAGUGGAUAUUACCCACGAUCCCCGGCUUCCCGAACCAGAAGAGCUGCUGCUGUGACCUGUGCGACAAACUCAGUUUAGAAUUCUUCGUAUUUUUAAAGCUUCCUGCUGAACUUUGGAGAUAAACUCUGGUUUUUAAUGACUUCUCGGUCUUUUUAACUCAAAUCUUUCGUUCAGCUUCGCUCUUCAACUCGCUGGAUUCCGAAGCUGCAGCUCGGUCAGUUCUGCUCACACGAGAUCGUACCCAUGUUAAAAGUUGCAUAGGGUUGCUUUAAAUAUACCCAUGUUGGCAGUUGUCGCUGCGUAAACAGGGUUGAAAACUGUAUUAUCGCUUUGUCGCUGGACAACGGAGACAAAUUCAAGCAACCUUAUAUUUCUGUGUUUGGGGAACGCACACUGCAAUCACGCUUCUGCAUCUUUGCCUUGGAGAAAAGUGAAACUGAAAGCUGUGUUCUAUGUUUGAUAGUUUGUGCUGUCUUACCAAAGUCAAGCAAAAACGCGGCUCAAGUUAAAAAACGGGUUUUGAUCAGGGUUUGGAGAAACGUCAGCGCAAACAAAAAAAACCUCUGUUUUUGUUUCCUUCCAUUCGGUUUCUUUCUCGUCGCUGCCUUCGUGGUGUGAAAUCACUAACAACAAUGUGAGUUUUGUUUUUUAAGUGCUGAGUGAGCGGGAGGAGAAGGUGUUAGGUAUUAGAAUCUGCAAAAUGGCAGUUACUGUGUGGUGGUUUUAUUUGUCCUGUAAGUCAAAAUGAAUCACUCGACAAAUUCCAUGCACAACGUUGAGACGCACAGUGCAACAUGUGAUCAGCUCUUCGGUAACUUACUGUUUGUGAUGUGGGGAAUGGCUGAUUUGGUGUAACGGUAACGACCAGGGAUUUCUGCCAGCGACAACCUGGGCGGCAUCAAGCAGAAAUGAUAGUUUCACUUAUUGUGACAGUAAAUGUUCGAGUGCAAUAAAUGUUUUCUCCUUCUCAGAAAUAUGUGAUUGUAUAUUUCCUGUAAAUCAUGUGAAUAACAUGUCGUCUUUAAAAUGCAUUUUAACUAAUUUAUCUUUUGUUUGUUUCUGGGGGGGCGGGGGGUUGUUUUUUGGGAUUAUGACCAUAAUCGUGUUCGAUCUUCAAAAUGUCACAUUUCAUGUUUGUUUUUCAUUUAACGUGAAUAUUGUUGUAUCUCAUGCAGUUUGUUGCUUUAAAAAAAAUACUGCUUUAGAGGCUUUUGGGGGAAUAUAAUUAAUUUCGAAAUAAAGGAAAACAACCAGUUUUAUGUUACGUGAGAUGUGGUCACUGUUUCGGGCUGAUCUUUUUAAAAUAUAAAUAUUAACACGUUGCAGUAGAUGUUACGUCCCACAGAAAAACAGAAAGUUACGAGGCCACUUUUACUUUGGUGGCAAAUUCCCGAAUCUGAAAGUUGUAGAUGAAGCCAUAAUGUUUUCUGAACUAUACACACUUUCCUCAGGCCAAACCAAGAUGUGUGAGAAACAUUGAAGUUCUACCUGAAUACUUUGUAGAUACACUUGCAGUUUUAAGUUCUAGUUUUCACGAGAACAUAUUUUCUUCAUGAUUAUCUUUUAAACCAAACCACGUGUGAAAGACGAGAAAGAGCUCGGCGGGGAUUCGUCAGAACUCGACUUGUGUACAGAAUACAUGUGGAUUCACAUCACGUGUUGUCUCAGUGUAUUUUAAUUCAUCUGUUCAAUAAAACUUCACGGCCACUCUUGAACCGA